GGACAUGAGCCCCGAGGCUCUGCCACCAUACUACACAGCCCACAGCGGCGCCGGAGUGGGCAUGUUCAACACCGCCAUGGGGAAGCUACAGCGACAGCUGUACAAGGGCGAGUAUGACAUCUUCAAGUACGCGCCUAUAUUUGAGAGUGACUUUAUCCAGAUCACCAAAAGGGGAGAAGUAAUCGAUGUGCACAACCGGGUCAGGAUGGUGACUGUGGGCAUCGCGUCCACCAGCCCCAUGCUCCCGCUCCCCGACGUCAUGCUGCUGGCCCGACCGGCCGCCGGCCACGACGAGCCCGGCGGGCGCGGCCAGGCCACCAAGGGGAAAGGCCGCAAGGCUCCGAAGACCUUAGAGCUCACCAGGCUCCUUCCCUUGAAGUUUGUGAGGAUCUCGGUUCACAACCGCGAGAAACAACAGCUGCGCCUGAAGUUCGCCACCGGCCGCUCGUGCUACCUGCAGCUGUGUCCCCCUCUGGAUGCGCGCGAAGACCUCUUCGCCUACUGGGAAAAGCUCAUUUACCUCCUGCGGCCACCCGUGGACAGCAACAGCAGUACCUACGCCAUCCCGGCGGAGGACAUACUCGGCAUGCCUGUGUUUGAGGGAGACGACAGGAGGAGCCCGGUAGGAGCAGAUUUCCAAGCAAGGGGGGAUCAGGACCAGGUCAGCAUCAGGAGCCUCCACGCGGUCUCCGAGGUGUCCGAGGCCAACUCUGCAGCUUUUGCAGGAGGGGAGGGGACCCGUCAGUUCUCCCGUAAACCCGGUGUAGCCUCCGCCAACCCCAAACCUGCAGGGCUCAACAGGGAGCUGGCGGCGGCGGCGGCGGCGGCCGUGGCGACGGGAGGGACCGCCGCGGGCUUCGCAGCAGGCAUCGCAGCUGGCACCGCGGCAGGCGCUUUGAGCGUGGCCAUCACCAGGUCAGCCGCGCCUGAUCAGCUAGGCAUGGCCGGGGCAGGUGCAGCCUCCAUGGGGCCCGGAGGAAGCAGAGCCAACCUAGCCAUUGCGGGCACCGCCAGCCUGUCCCCUCAGAGCAGGAACAUGGCCUUGGCAGGGGCCGCGAAGACCCCCAGGUUUACUUCCGACUCGUCCACCAGCCUCCCCAGGGGGGGCGGCAGGACCGCGACGUUCACAGGGACAGAGGGCUCCCGCAAGACUGUGGCAGGAAACGUGGAGGGCGCGCUGCUCUCGGACUCGCAGAGCGAAGGUGCGGCUGAGCAGGCGGGAAGGCAGCCGCGCAGGCGCGGGCGGGAGCGCGGGGAGCGCGGAGAGCGCGGGGAGCGCAGGCCCAAGGAGCGAAGCUUCCCGGCGGGCUCCCGUCGCCGCAGGGCAGCUGAUGCCGGUCACGUGGCCGGGGAAGACAAGACCAACCGGAAAUCCUCCAUCCGGUCCUUAGCCGGCCACAGAGCCGCGAGGGAGGACAAGGACAAGGCCCGCGGCAGCCCCGGGGGCGGCAAGCGCGCCCCCCGCAAAGGCAUCAGCCACUCGCCCAUCCCCAAGGAGUCCAGGGCCUCCCACAAAUCCGGGCGGGGCUUCUCCACCGGCGGCUCGGGGUCGGCCACCAAGAGGCUGGGCAGGAUCGGCUUGUUCCUAAGGAACGUCAAAGCCAACCUUACCAGGACCACGGCCUCCCCAUGCGGCAGAGACGUGGACAUGCUGAGUAAGACAGUGGACCGGAGCGGCACGGAGAACCGCCAGGGCCUGCAGAGCGCAGGGAGCGGGACGUCUGACAUUAUGGAGACAGUGACCUUCGACGCCCAUUAGUAGGGCUUUCCUCAUAGCCGUUUAAAUAAAAAACCAUAUAAUCUGA